AUGCUGUUACAACAAGGGACCCAUACCUGUAGUACGUUGAGAGCUAAUAGGAGUGAACCCCCAGCUGUACAUAAUGCAACUGUUGGUAACAUGCAAGUUGGUGAUAUCAGAUUUCAGCACAAAGAUGAUAUAAUGUGCCUUGCCUGGCGCGAUAAGCGUGUUGUCAAGAUGAUUACAACCAUAGGUGAGAAUGAUAUGGUUGAAGUGACAGUGAGAAAGCGAGGAGUACCUGAUGGGGUAAUGAUGCAAAAGCCACAGUGUAUUGCUCUAUACAACAAAAGCAUGAGUGGUGUGGACAAACUUGACGAGUGCAUUCAGUACUACCCAUUCACAAGAAAAUCAGUGAAAUGGACGAAGAAGUUCACAUUUUACCUCUUUCAGAUUGCCAUGUACAAUGCAUUUGUUAUAUAUAAAGACAGAAUUCCUGAGAGAAAGUGCAAGUCUUUGCAUGACUUUAUUCUUUCAGUUAUUCCAACAUUCAUUUUGUCUGCUGUUGAAGUUGUUAGUGAUACCGAUUCAGAUCAUGAUGAACAACCCCUUCCGCACCUACCAGUUAGAACCCCACGGGCCCCAGCUGGUGAUCCGAACACCAGGCUGGAUGGAAACAUAAGAACCCAUACCUUGGACCUAAUUGCAGCAACCUCUAAGAAAAAGUAUCCAUCUCAAAAAUGUUGUGUAUGUCAGAAACGUGGUGAAAGGAAAGAAACCAGAUAUGUAUGUUGCAGUUGUCAUGUUCCUCUACAUAAGGGUGAUUGUUUUACUCACUAUCACACUAAAAAACAAAUAUUUUUAGUAGAAGACUGA